AUGAGUUCGGGAAUUAAAGUAUGCGAUAAUGUUAGGGCGUACCCCGCAGGCGACGCGCAGAUGCAGCACCCGGCGUCUGUGGGAAAUGGACAAGGGUUGCUGCACCAGGGACGGGGGCAGCGUAAGAGGCGAGUCCAGGAGGUGAACUUGAGGAUUGCGAGUUGGAAUGUGGGUACGAUGACUGGGAGAGGACGAGAGCUAGCAGAUGUUUUGGAAAGGAGACGGAUAAAUAUAGCAUGCUUGCAGGAGACGAAGUGGAAGGGACAGAGAGCAAGAGAAAUUGGGGCGGGUUAUAAGUUUUAUUAUUGCGGCUGCGAUGGGAAAAGAAAUGGCGUAGGUAUAGUGUUAGAUAGAGAGCUCAAGAACAAGGUGACGGAUGUGAAUAGAGUGAAUGAUAGAGUUAUUGUAGUAAGACUGUUGAUGGAAGACUCGGUUUUAAAUAUAGUUAGUGUGUAUGCGCCGCAAACUGGAUGCGAUGACAGUAUGAAAGAAAGGUUUUGGGAGGAUUUUGAUGCGGUUAUAAUGAGAGUACCAGAAUGUGAGGAAAUAUACAUUGGAGGAGAUUUUAAUGGACAUGUAGGAAGGAUGAAUGACGGGUAUGAAAGAGUGCAUGGGGGCCGAGGUCACGGAGUCAGGAACCGAGACGGUGAAGCUCUACUGGAAGCAGCCUUGGCCUUUGACUUAGCAAUAGCCAACACAUUCUACCAAAAACGGGAACAACACCUUGUCACAUACCGUAGUGGUCUACACUCUACCCAAAUUGACUACAUUCUUUUAAGAAGAAACAGGCUAAAAUCGGCCAAGGACUGCAAGGUAAUACCGAGUGAGAGUCUUGUCUCCCAGCAUAGGCUACUGCUCCUGGAUUUAACUCUGAGAGUUCAGAGCUUAAAUAAGAGCCCGAAGCCCCCAGUUAGAACGAAAUGGUACAGACUGGAUGAUAGGAAGAUGGCUGCAGAAUUCCGGGAAAGAGUGAUUGGUAAACUGAUAGAGAUGGGAGAUAUGGUGGGGAUGGGAGUAAACGAGUGCUGGAGGGAGAUGGCAACGUGGGUGCGAAGUGUAGCAAGGGAUGUCCUAGGGGAAACGAAAGGGAAAAGAAAGAUAGAAAGGGAUACAUGGUGGUGGAAUGAGGAAGCUAAGAAAGCAGUCGCAAUCGCAAGGGCCAAGGUUCAAGAUAAAUUGUAUGAUUCUUUAGAGAGCCCACAAGGUCAAAAAAAUCUUUUUAGAAUAGCGAGAGAGAGAGAGAUGAAUGCAAGAGAUGUAAACCAUAUGAAAUGCAUAAAAGACGAAGCGGGGAAGAUCUUGACGGACAAUGAGGAAAUAAAAGAACGCUGGAAGAGAUACUUUAAUAGCUUGAUGAACGAAGAAAAUGAAUGGAGCGGAGUGUUAGAAAAUGUACGAAGUAAUGAAGGAAUGGUGAAAGAGGUAAGUAUAGAGGAAGUGAAGAUGGCAGUGCAGAGUAUGAAGAAUGGAAAAGCAGUUGGGCCAGAUGGUAUACCAGCGGAAGUGUGGAAGGCGGGGAAUAUCACAGGGAAGGAUGUCGUAUAUAGGACGGAGGAGUUUGGGACAGGAAAGAAAGAUGUGGAAAACCGAGCCUUCGUCAAGGCCACAUUCACACAAUGA